CAUCAUCAUGCAUGCCCGGGAAAUCUCCCCUCCCAUCGAUCCAGAGGCUGAUGCAUUCCGAGUCGGUAUGGCGCUGAGUGUGGAGUGAGUGAUUGGUAGCGAACGAAUCUCAGCUCCACCAUGAGCCCCACAGUUCACAGGUUGACCUCGGAAAUCUGCCCCUGAGCCUGAUUCCCUGUUGAUCCUGCACCCCGCGCAACCUGCCGGCCCCUGAUGCUCUCCAUCUUCAGACGGGCACUUACCAUAACAUGGAUAGACUCCCGCACGAGCUAGUCCAACAGAUUGCGGACGUCAUAAGAGGACCACCUCGACCGCACAAGCACCAGGAAUACUGUUCCUGCCGAGAAUGCCGAGCGCCUAUAAAGCUCGCUUCGUACACGACCAUCUCGCAGACAUGGCAGGCCGUCGUCGAGCGAAUCAUCUGGCAGGACAUUAGGCUUGGAUGGGACAAGUACAACUCGCUGGCCCAACUGAAGGAGUACACGUCGGCUUCUUCAUCUGGUGAUAUCGACGCUAGCUCUGGUAGCCAUGAUUCUGGCCGUGACUCCUACCGCCGCGACCGGAUUCGUUAUAUUCGCACCUUAACCUGGACCUAUGACCCGGACCGAAGUCCGCUGCGGAUUACGAAGGAGGAGCUACCCGAGGGGUAUAACAUGCAGUUUCAUGCGUCUCUCACGGAGCUCUUUGCUGUGCUGCACUCGUGGGAGGACACCAAAGCCGGCACGGAAAUGCAAUUAUCACUGAGAGUGGGGAAUACCGAGUUUAUCGACCUCCCUGACGAAGUUCAGUGGGCGCUAGAGCCCUCCGUAGCCGACCUCGCCACCCUGGACGUCGGCCAGCUAUGGCAUCGGGCGAAGAUCCCGCAUCAGCUACACCUCCCCCCCGCAUUGGUGGACGAACUGCCAGUGCUCGCGUAUAUCACAACGUUUGGCUUGCACGAGCCUGAUCGGAGUGACGUAACGCCCUCGGUGUUUAUGGGCUUGCUAACUCGAUUCCCUCAUGCGAGGCGCGUCUAUGGAGGCGAGGGGCACGCGAUUCCGAGAGGCGCUUGGAAGGCUCUGGUGGAGCAGCGGCAAGAAAUAAUGGACAAUCUUCCCUCCGUCCCGUCCUCAGUGGAGACCUUCAAAUACAUGAUUGACCACGCACGCGAAAUGUCCCACAACCCAGGACACAACGCAGCGAACUAUCUCAGCCCCCAAGGCUUCGAUGAACUGUCCAUUGGGUUCAGGACUCUCAGUAUGAGACUGCGCAAGUUGAGACUGAAGUACGUCCGUAUAAGCAGCGCGCUGUUCUGGCCUGAGGAGAAUGAGAAUGUUGAUACGGCCGGGCAGUAUUGGCCAAGGCUGGAGGAGCUGUUGAUCCAAGAGGUGCCCCCGUAUACAGCAGAUGGCCAAUGGAUGCUCGAAAACAAUCCGGAAAAAUGGUACAACAACUCAGACGUCUCACUCGAAGACGACCCCGAUCAGGACUGGGAGUACGACUUCGGCGACUACGGACCCCGGCAAGACAUCAAGCGCCAUGAAGCCCAGAAAAUGUAUGUGGCCAUGGGACGUGCGGCACAACGCAUGCCAAAGUUGCGUAGAUUGGACUUUACUUUCCGGGCGGAGGUUGGCGAGGGCGGGCCGAAUGAUCUGUUGAGGCUUGAGAGAGAGCCCAAGACAGGUAAGGCCGAGUUGCAGAUCUUAAGCAAUUCUGGCUUUGUGGUUGGAGACGAGGUGCUGGAUGCAUGGAAGGUUAGGGAAGCGGGCGAGGGGACAGUGCAGGAGAUGAUGAGGCGGCAUGGGAGGGUUGCGUUUGAGAAGUGGCCCCCUGCGUGAUCGGUCAUGGCUCUCCAAUCUCGAUGAAGCAUGGCUUUGGUGACGCAGAGCACAAGAAACGUGGAAUGACCUCCUCCUUGUAGGAUGAGGUGGCGGGUGCAUUCUACCUAAACACCAUGGCAUCACAAGAACCAGAACAGACAUUACAGCUCAUAAUACUGUAUGCUAUACUCUUGCUCCUGCAUUCGCAGCAAGUUCUGCCUCCGUAUCAACGCAAGCCUCGCUGCACCAUCAGCAGCCAGAGUAAGAUCGCUCAUUGACCCACCAAUUAGCGGCAGAUAAUUUGACAAAGCUUCUUCAACAGCACGCCGCACGAGAUCUCCGUCAACCCAGUCCGUCAGGACAGCUACCUGGUCAACCACGCUAUUGAGUAAAGAUUGGUCUGCGCGCCCGUCAGUAUAACACAAUCUCGGACAAGGAGCAUGACGGGAGGAGGGUAACAAGAUGCAACGAACCUUGAAUGGUAUCCACAAACACACUUAUCGAGUUCGCCAACGACUCCACGUACUGCUGAUCCACUGCCUCAACCAUCUCCCUCGUCAGGCUGACACCGGAAUUCGACCCGUAAACCCACCAAUCGUCCAGGUCCACCAGGACCUCGUCAUCGAAAUUCUCGGGCUCGACGGCCGCGUGGUCGAGUGUCGAAUAAAAGUCUGCCGUGUACGACUCCGUCCCGAUAUACAUCGCACGCACGUCCUGCUUCUUGAGCCACAUCCUCGCCAUCGUCACCCUGGAUACUAGAACCUGGAAAUCCGCCCCAACCUGCAGUUGCGUCCGCAGGGGCUCACUCUCGCGGAGUAACUUCCGCGUAAGGCCCGUGUAUACGGCAUGCAUGCGCCAGGGGUCUAGUGAGAGAUAUAGGUUGGGCGGAAGGAGGGAACUGUCAGCCUGCUCGCGGUCCGAAUAUCCUCGGCGGAAACCUUUCCGGCCCCCGGUGCGGGUACCGCCCGCAUUGUGCCACAGCCUAAUCCCGCAGUGAUGGAUGCCCUGGUGCAGGACGAGGACGUCGUCUCCUGCGCGGAUAUCGGGGUUCUCGAAGGAGGCGAGCGAUGAGCGUGGCAGCGGCUGCGCGACGGUCUCAAUGGCAGCCCUACGUGACGCAACGGCAACGGUCUCUGCGAUGGUCUGGUUGAAGAAGUCUGGAAUAGCAAUGAUGGCAAAGGAGAUGUCUGUGCCGGUGUCGGUGCGCGCGGUGGACUUGAGGUGUGUGAAGAUCCGGGUGAAUGCUUCUUCGAUCCCAGCGAGCGUCAGGUGGUCCGUUGGCUCCUGCUGCCAGCUAACUACCGACACGGCUGCACGGAUGAAAAGACUGACAUGCGCAUAAAUGCGGCCAGAUGCGCCAAGCACUGCCUGCACAUAGGGAUGGUCGAUAUAGGGGAUUUUUCCUACGACAUCCCCGGCAAAAUGUGACAAUAGCAGUUUGAGCAGGCCAGAUACACUUGCGCGAUCCCCGUAGAGAGCUUUCAGAUUCAGCAGUUCAUAGUGCUCAAAGGAUAAUUGAGCGAUAACGGUCCGGUAUUCUGCAUUUUGGACUACGGCCAGCGGAGUGAAGACGGUCGUUGAGUUGGCGUAGGAAGCGGCGCUGCAAGACUGCAGGUUAGUUGAGACAGAUCUAUAAAUAGUGGAAUCGUACGCGAUCCUUACAUGUAUUGGUAGCCCAGAUCGAUUCCUAUCGGUUCGUUGAUGUCAUUGUAAUCGCAGCUGCCGUCAUAGGCGAUAACCGUGGGGGCAGACCAAAAGAGCACCAAUAGUCCAAGGACGAUUGAAGGCAACGCAGUUGAGCGUCGUGCCAUCAGCAUUUCGAGCACAC